AUGGAGAGAAAUCUUUUGCCUGAAACUAAGGUCAAGGCGUUAUGCAACAAAGCAAGAGAGAUCCUGGCGCAGGAAGAGAACGUGAUGCAAGUCCGGGCCCCGGUCACCCUGUGCGGGGACAUCCACGGGCAGUUCUCGGACCUCAUGGAGCUGUUUGAGAUUGGAGGCAAAGCACCAGACACCAACUACCUUUUCCUGGGCGACUAUGUUGAUAGAGGACUGUUUUCAGUGGAGUGCAUCACGCUCCUUCUCGCCCUCAAAGUUCGCUGGCCGGACAGGAUUACCUUGCUCCGAGGGAACCAUGAGAGCCGGCAGAUUACACAAGUGUACGGAUUCUACGAUGAGUGUAUGAGGAAAUAUGGGAAUGCUUCUGUAUGGAAGAUUUUUACUGAUCUCUUCGACUACUUGCCGAUUGCAGCCAUGGUGGAGGGGCAGAUGCUGUGUUGUCAUGGAGGGUUGUCUCCUUUCGUUGAUGCCGUCGAUGACAUCAACGGAAUUGAGCGACUCGUGGAGGUCCCUAGCAACGGUCCCCUCUGCGACCUCGUGUGGUCAGACCCCCAAGAAUGGGCGAGAGGAUGGGGAAGCUCUCCUAGGGGAACUGGUCACACUUUUGGGGAGGAUGUCACAGAAGAAUUUUUGCAUCACAAUGGCAUUGAAAACUUGACGCGAGCACACCAGAUGGUGAUGGAAGGAUAUCACUGGACACACCAAAACAAAGUUUUAACAGUUUUCUCUGCACCAAACUACUGUUAUCGCUGCGGCAACAGAGCAUGCAUCAUGGAAGUCGACGAGCAUUACCGUCGAACCUUCCUUCAGUUCGACCGAGCUCCCAAGAGAGGCGAGCCUUACAGCACCAAGUCCGCACUUGAGUAUUUCGCUUGA